AGGUGGUUGGGAGCUGUGGCCAGAGCCCUGGACCCGCACUGCGUGAACCUGACCUGGAAAUUCUGCCUCGGCUGGCUCCUAGCUGUGUGACUUUGGUCUAGAGUGUCCCAGGAGACCUCAAGUCAGACAGAAGCUGGCCAAAAGCCAGGCAUCAUGGCCACACGAUCCCUUUUUAGAGCUCUGGUAUCAGCCAAGUGGGUAGCUAAGUCCUUGAAGGAGUCCCAGCCCCUGAAGCUGCUGGACGCUUCAUGGCACCUGCCGACGUUGAAACGAGAGCCUCGGCAGGAGUUUGAAGAAGGUCACAUCCCUGGAGCAGCCUUCUUCAACAUCGACCUCUGCAGCGACCGGACAUCCCCCUAUAACCACAUGCUGCCCGAUGCUGCAGAGUUUGCUGAGUAUGUUGGCAAGCUGGGAGUAGGGAAUGGCACCCACGUGGUGGUGUACGAUGCCAGUGAUCAGGGCUCCUUCUCCGCCCCCCGACUAUGGUGGAUGUUUAGGGCCUUUGGGCAUGAGACUGUCUCACUGCUGGAUGGAGGAUUAAAGAACUGGAAGAGGGAGGGCUAUCCGCUGAGCUCUGGCAGGGCCCGCCCAAUUCAAGCAGAGUUCCAGGCCACCCUAAAUGCAAUGUUUGUGAAGACCUAUGAAGACAUCAAAGACAACAUUGAAUCACGCCAGUUCCAGGUUGUAGAUGCCCGUGUUGAAGGGCGCUUCAGGGGCAUUGAGCCAGAAACCCAAGAAGGCAUUGAACCUGGCCACAUUCCUGGCACCUUGAACAUCCCUUUCACCGACUUUCUGACUGAGGAGGGCCUGGAGAAGAGCGCUGAUGCCAUCCAAAGACUAUUCCAAGAGAAGAAGGUGGACCUCUCCAAGCCCCUGGUAGCAACUUCUGGCUCAGGUGUCUCUGCCUGCCACGUAGCCCUGGGUGCAUAUCUCUGUGGCAAGCCUGAUGUAGCCAUCUAUGAUGGAGCCUGGGUGGAGUGGUACAUGCGUGCCCGGCCUGAGGAUGUCAUCUCAGAGGGCAGAGGCAAGACCCUCUGAGGCAGGGGCAGGCAGGGAACUUCCCUGCUCCCAGGCCACCAGCCUUUACCACCCCAGGAUAGGGGGUGGCCCAACCUAACAAUUUUUCCUAAGUCUUUUUUAAAUACAGUGGCCAAAUUUAUUAUUUUUUUUAAUUCUCAGGGUAUGGCCUGGAUGGCACAUCCCACCCCUCCCUUCCCUGUGGGAGGCCCUUGGAAUAUUCUGAUUCUGAGACAAAUGUUAUCUGUUGAAAGUGAGGGGAGGGCAUGGAGGACACCUUUGGCAAUGGUGAAGAGAUCUGUUGGGAUUGAUUGAAGUGGAGAAUGGGAGGAAAAGAGGGGCCUGCUGAGCCCCAAAUAUAGCCCUCUGUAAUUUAGCCUGUGCUGAUUGCCAGACCUACCUCCUAUUAUCUUUUACUGUUAAUAAAUGUGAAGUGUUUAAUCUUUCUAUACA